AUGAAAAGUUCAAAGACUUCUUCGCCUGUCAAUAAAAACGUUCAAAUCGCUAAUACACCUAAAACAUCAUCACCGUUGGUCAAUGGUGUUAGUGGUAGUACUCCACUUGUUUCAAAAUCCAUAUCUCCAUCCCCCUUUCCAUAUUUAUUAUACUCUUCUUCAUAUCAACUUACAAGUUUAGAUGAAGACUUGUCUAAUCUUCCACCGCUUAUUGACAAAGACCAUUUCUCGGAUGAUGAAGAGAAGGAAGGACAUGCUUCUUCAGGUAUUCUUGAUUCUUCAGGGAGUGAAUAA